ACGAUCCAACUCCAAAGCCCGGAAGAUGAAAAAUGAAAAAUUUUACUUUCCCGAAGACACCGACUCUUCGAAAUCGGUGGAAAUCCGAUAUCGUCACCGGUGAAUUAAAUCAUCACCCCCCAUUCUGUCCCCCUGACUCCUCGGUGAACUCAACCGCCAUAAACGGCGGAUUUAAGUUAGCGCCGGGCCUUUACUACAUAAAAAUGCUCCCUUUGCAUCGAACAGUUCGAUCCGAUCUUUGUGGUUUAUCAAAAGCCGCCUUUGUUACCAGCCUUCCAUUUUGUUCUUUGAAGAAUAUGAAUCCUGCCAAGAAACCCGCUCCCAGACCAGCUGGGUUUCCUUCAAAACAACAGAUUACUGCUGGAAAGCAUUUUGGCAGCGUAUCUUCUGCUAAAGAAGCAAGGCAAUCUUAUGGGGCAACAAGUAUAAAUGAGAAGAAAUCUCAAUCUAGCUAUGAAAAAGAGUUUCCCUCACGGACUGUUAAGUUGGGUUCUAGUUCUAGAGGUUGGAACUCUAAUAAAAGUAGAACUAGGUUUGAUUCAGGAUCUAAGGUGAGGCAAGAAACUUUUGAAUCAUUCGAACUCGAGGAAACUGCGAAUAUUGCCAGCCUGAGGGAAGAACAAUCUUUUCCUAGUCAUUUUGGAAAGGACAAUGUUGUGGCUAGUCAUGUCCAAAAAUCUCCGUCUGGCCAAAGCAAAUCCAAGAAUGUGGCAAGUACCAAGAAUUCUGAUUAUUCUGAGGGUAAUAGGAGUAGUAGUAGGAUUGAUUCGGGAGUGGAGCCGAGGCACGAAACUCUCAAUUUAUCUGAACUUGAGGGAAUUGUGAAUAUUGCAAGCCUGCAGGAAGAACAUUCUUUGCUUUAUCAUAUCGGAAAGAAGGUUAAAACUGGUCAUGUCCAAAAAUCCCCCUCUGGCCAAAGCAAAUCCAAUAAUGUAUUAGGCACCCAGAAUUCUGAUUGUUCCGAGGAUUUGCAUAAGGUUAAAAGAUUCAACAUUUGCCUGCCUAGAAGUAGAGAUUUUGAAACGCGAGAAAUCCUAAGGCCUGGAAUGGUUUUAUUGAAACGUUACAUCUCUCUCCGCGAACAGAUCAAUAUGGUCAAGACUUGUCAAACACUUGGUGAAGGCCCUGGGGGAUUUUACAGGCCUGGCUUCAAAGAUGGAGCAAAACUUAGUCUACACAUGAUGUGUCUUGGUCUGAACUGGGAUCCUCAGAAUAGAAAAUAUGAUAAGCGACAUCCACUUGAUGAUUGUGAGGCACCCAAUAUUCCACAUGAAUUUCGUCUUCUUGUUCAAAGAGCUAUCCAAGAUGCACAUUACCUUAUCAAGAAGGAUUCUGGUAUAGUCAAUCCAGAAGAUGUUCUUCCUUCAAUGUCUCCUAACAUAUGCAUCGUUAACUUCUAUACAAGAUAUGGGAAACUUGGACUGCAUCAGGAUCGAGAUGAAAGCAGAGAAAGUCUCCAUAAAGGAUUACCAGUUGUCUCUUUGUCUGUUGGUGAUUCCGCUGAAUUCCUAUAUGGGGAUCGGAGGGAUGUUGACCAGGCGGAGAAAGUGUUAUUGGAUUCGGGAGAUGUACUAAUAUUUGGUGGUGAAUCUCGAAUGGUGUUUCAUGGGGUGAGAUCCAUCAUUCCAUUCUCUGCUCCUGAGGCUCUUUUAGCUGAAACUGGGCUUCGUCGUGGUCGUCUUAAUCUUACCUUCAGACAAUUUUGAAAACCCUGAACUACAAACAAAACUGUCUUCAGCUAGUAUACAGGUAUAUAGAAACUUUUUAAUGUUAUAUUCAUUGCUAUUUUUAGUUAUUUGAGAUUGUCAAAUUUUGAUGCUGAUCGCUAGAACUACGAGUCUAGCACUCUACAACUAGGUAAAAUAUGAGAAAUAUGUAUUUUGAAGCAUCAUAUGAUUAGAAAUGGGUAAAUACAGAAGCAAUAUUUAUAGAAAGGUUAGAAAUGUUUUCAAAUUUUCAAUUGUCUGGUUCUCUAAUUCUGCGCUGUUUCUGCCUGUGCUAUUUCUGCUUGCACAUGGAAGCACUUAGCUUCAUAUACCAGCAUGUGCCAUAUGGGUAGAAGGAUAGUAUGGACAAGGUAAAUUCUUUAAUUGAUG